AUGGGGCCAUGUCCCAUGUCUUACAUUCUCAUAUUCGCAGCGUUCUUUCUGGAUUAUAAACAAACAGUGAUUGGUUCAAAAUUGUACAAAAACGAGGACAACAUUGGGACUGUUUUAUUCGAAAAAAGCGCGUGUGGCAAGCGCUGCUGGAGCAGCGAAGAAUUCGCUGUUCUCAACAGUAGAAGAAUGUUUCAAGAUAUUUUGCCGCAGGUGAGCGUAAUAAACUGUCAAAAUGACCAGUACAUAGCCCUGCUGAUGGAUUACUUUCAUAUAUGCCUGGAGUGUGUGAGGAAACUAUCGAUAGGAAAAACGAAGCAUAUCAUGUUAAAAGCCCUGGCAGACACGAUGGGCGGUUACUUGAAAGUGCACAUCCUUCCGUUGACAAAACACUCGUACUACGCAGGCGACAUUAAAUAUCACAACGCGAAAAGACUCUUCGAACUUUUCGAAGAGUUGAAAAGCUUUUUGCACACGAAUGGCGACGGCUGGCAUUCUCCAAGGAAUCCUGAUUCGAACCACAUCGAAAUACCACCGAUUAACAUCGCCCCGAGCAAGUCGACGAGUAUCUGCGACGAGCUCAUUAUUUAUACUUAUCCUCGGGAGAGUUCGGAAUGUGUCAUGGUCCCAAUUCCUUUCCUCGACGACAAUGCCCAGCCCAACAGCAUUGCCUUGCCUUUCAGAAAAGACAACCUUUAUUCGCUCUACAGCGAAAAGUCGGUCUUUGCUCUGGUCCGGUAUUACGUCGCGAGUGUAAAGUGCAUAAAAUCGAAAUCUGACCCCGAUAAGAGGCCGUUGCACCAGUUCAACGAGGAUCUGUACGAUUGGCUGAGCCUCACGGUGAGCUUGAAAAUGUUCGAAGUGAACAGAAAAGCUCGAAGCAACGAUUUACCUAAUUUUUGA